UUCAGCUUAUGUGGAAAUGAGGCAGUUUGCCCUGGGCGAGAAUUUGUUGCAAAUGUCGAAACCAGCCUAUCAGAAUAUAACAACUGGGGUGGUGCCCCAAGUGGCAUCGAGAGCCACAGUUCCUCUCCUACUUUUCCUGGGACUGCUUUUCAUUUUUACCAAGCUCUCUCAAAAGAAAACAACUUUGCCAGGUCCUUCUUUCUGUCUGGGCAUUGGACCUCUCAUCUCUUAUGGUAGAUUCUUGUGGAUGGGAAUUGGCAGUGCCAGCAAUUAUUACAAUGCAAAGUAUGGCGCGAUAGUGAGAGUGUGGAUCCAUGGUGAGGAAACACUUAUUAUUAGCAGAUCCUCUGCUGUGAACCAUGUGAUGAAGAAAGGUCACUACAUCUCCAGGUUUGGAAACAAGCAUGCCCUUCAGUGCAUUGGCAUGAAUGAAAACGGCAUCAUUUUCAAUAAUAAUCCUUCCAUUUGGAAGCAGACGCGCCCUUAUUUUGCCAAAGCCCUGACUGGCCCUGGUCUCCAGAGGACCCUCGCCUUGAGUGUGGAAUCUACUCGUAAUCACUUGGAGAAACUGAGGAAGAACAACACCACUGCCUGUGUGGAUAUACUGCUCUUCCUGAGGACCAUAACAUUAGACGUCUCCAACCGACUAUUCCUCCGAGUACCUCUGCAUGAAGGAGAAAUUGGCCAAAUUCAAAAGUACUUUGACACAUGGCAGACACUCCUGCUGAAACCUGAUAUCUUCUUCAAGUUCAAAUGGAUGUACAAGAAGUACGAAGAGGCUGCUCAAGAUUUGCAGGAUACAGUGGAAGAGCUGUUACUGAAGAAGCAGCAAGAGCUGAGAGAUGCUGAGAAACUGCAAGACAUCACUGACUUUGCAACCGACUUGAUUUUUGCACAGACACAUGGAGAAUUGACUCCAGACAAUGUCAGACAGAGCAUGCUGGAAAUUCUGAUAGCGGGGCCAGACACAAUGUCAGUCAGCAUCUACUUUAUGUUGAUGCUUAUUGCACAGCAUCCUGAAGUGGAGAAGAAAAUAAUGGAAGAGAUUCAGACAGUUACAGGUACCUCAUCGCUAUUUUCAGCCAUUUGGCUGUGGCCCUCGGUCCUGUGUGGGAAAAUAUAUCGCCAUGGUGAUGAUGAAAGGUAUCUUGGUGACAAUGUUAAAGCAAUAUACAGUGCAUUCACUUAAUGGAAAAACCCUACAAAAUAUCAAACAUG